AUGAAGUGGUUGCGAUGGCUGCUGCUGAUGGUGGUAAUGGUGUUGAUGGAAACAGAGAGAGCCGAUGCUCAGUUGUGGACGAAUUUCUACAAAUCCUCGUGCCCCAACGUGGAGGCCAUCGUCAAGAAAGUUGUUCAAGAUAAGUUCAAGGUGACGUUGGCGACUACGGCGACCCUGCGACUCUUCUUCCAUGAUUGCAUCAUUCAGGGCUGCGACGCCUCCGUGAUGAUCGCGAAUGCUAAAGGCGACGCCGAGAAGGACGCGCCGGAUAACCUAUCGCUCGCCGGCGACGCAUUCGACACCGUAAUUAGGGCCAAGAAGGCGGUGGAGGCACAGUGCCCAGGCGUAGUUUCCUGCGCCGACAUCCUCGCCAUCGCCGCAAGAGACGCCGUCGUCCAAACCGGCGGACCCAACUUCCCGGUGGAGCUCGGCCGGCGCGACGGCUUGACCUCCCAAGCCUCCAUCGUCCACAGCAAUCUCCCCCACCCCGACAACGACAUCAACAGCAUCAUUAAUUUCUACCGGGGACGCCACCUGACGGUCAACGAAAUGGUCGCCCUUUCCGGCGGUCACACCGUCGGCUUCUCCCACUGUGCCCCCGUCUUCAGCCGUAUCUACGACUACAAAAACAAGUCCGGUGCCGUCGAUCCUUCCAUGAACCCGGCGUUCGUGAGAGAUCUCCAGCGCGUCUGCCCCCGCAACGUUGAUCCAGCCAUCGCCAUCAACAUGGACACCUUCACGCCGAACAACUUCGACAACAAAUACUACCAGAGCCUGAUCGCCGGCCGCGGCCUCUUCGCCUCCGACCAGGACCUGUACUCCAGCACCUUGACUAGGCCGGCGGUCGAGCGCUUCGCGGCGAACCAGACGGAAUUCUUCCAGGCCUUCGCGGUGGCCAUGGUCAGGUUGGGAAGGUUCGGAGUGAAGACGGGGACGGAGGGAGAGAUCAGGCGAGAUUGCACCACCUUCAACUGAUCAUAACAGAGAUUUACUAGAAACAAUAAAAUAUGAUCAGAUGAAUACUUUAAUUUACUGUUCCUGUUACUUUCUUUAAAUUGCAAAAUGAAUUUAUUGUUUUAGAUUU